CUAUGACUGAACCGAGUCGUUUUUAUGAUUAGCUUAGCUACCGGCUCCACGCUAACACUUCACAGUCAUGGACGCACACUUGGUGUGAGUUAGCAGACACAUCUGGAUACACGGUGACGUCCUCGCACGCCGUCAUGGAGGAACCACAGGAGACGUCGGAGCUCCCGGCAAAGAAAGCUCGGCAUGAUCCUGAAAUCAGUCAGAAAGAAGAUGCGAGGGCGGAAGCUGCUCGACGGAGAGACAGCAGAGGCGGUGCGGUCGAUUUAGGGUCUGAGGUCAAUACCUACCCUCCACCGUCUACCAAUCGCCGAGAUGCCGGGAGUCAAGAACAGUCGAAUAGCCAAAUAUCAACCAAGAACUGUGACACGGACGCCUCCUAUACCGCUAAAGACGAGACGUGCAAAGAGCUCGGCGGCGCGGAAUCCGAAUUUACCUCGCAGAUCUACCCGGGAAACAACCCUGCAGUUACGGCGUACGACAGCCAGGUGGCGUUCACCUCCCUGAACCAGUCAGCCGCCUUCAACGACAGCUUCACGGGUCAAACCUACGGCCUGCCGCCAUUCGGCGCCAUGUGGCCGGGCGUUAAGAGCGAGCCCAGGCUGCACGACGCGUCCGCCGCCGGCCAGACGCCGUUUCUCAGCUUCAGCACGGCUUACGCUUCGACUCAGCCCCAGCCGGCCCACUUCUCCUACCCCAGCCAAGGUUCCUGCUUCACCACAUCCAGCGUGUACUCCAACAUCCCCACAGCACCCGCCGUCACCACAGCAACCGCUACCCAUCAGGAUUUCUCCAGUUAUAACUCCCUGGGACAGAACCAGUUCUCCCAGUACUACCCGUCCCCUCACAGUUACCUCCCACCUGCGCCACCCAGCAUCGACGGAGACGCGGGAAACGCCGCCACGCCGCCGUACCAAGCUUUGAAGUCCGAGGAUGGCGCCUCCACGGGCGUGCCGAGCACCACGGCAGCGUCUCCAGCCAGCGCCAACCUCCCAGCUGGUGCGGCUCAGGACGCCGCCGCCCAGAGGAACCCCCCCGCCAAGGCUAAAACCAAAGCCAAGAAGACCGACAGCGCCCAGUCUGGUGACAACGACCUGGAGCGGGUCUUCCUGUGGGAUCUGGACGAAACCAUCAUCAUUUUCCACUCCCUCCUCACCGGCUCGUUUGCUCAGAAGUUCGGAAAGGAUCCGGCCACCCUGCUCACUCUGGGUCUGCAGAUGGAGGAGCUGAUCUUCGAGUUAGCGGACACGCAUCUGUUCUUCAACGACCUGGAGGAGUGCGAUCAGGUCCACGUCGAGGACGUCGCUUCCGACGACAACGGACAAGAUCUGAGCAACUACAACUUCGGGAGCGACGGGUUCAACGGGACGGCCGGCGCAGGGGGUCCGGGUUCGACGGCGGGGGUGCAGGGAGGGGUGGACUGGAUGCGCAAGCUGGCCUUCCGAUACCGCCGCCUCAAAGAGAUCUACAACGGAUACAAGGGCAACGUAGGAGCCCUGCUGAGUCCUCUGAAGAGAGAGCUGCUGCUGCGGGUGCGCGGCGACGUGGAGACGGUGACGGACGGCUGGCUCAGCACCGCCAUCAAAGCUCUCCUGCUCAUUCAGUCCAGGGGCAGAUGUAUGAACGUUCUGGUCACCACCACUCAGCUGGUUCCUGCUCUGGCUAAAGUGCUGCUUUACGGCCUGGGAGAUGUUUUUCCUGUCGAUAACAUCUACAGCGCCACCAAAAUAGGGAAGGAGAGCUGCUUCGAGCGCAUCGUGUCCCGUUUCGGGAAGAAGGUGACCUACGUGGUGAUAGGAGACGGCCGCGAGGAGGAGUUCGCAGCCAAGCAGCACAACAUGCCGUUCUGGCGAGUGUCUGCUCACGGUGACCUGGUGUCUCUGCACCAAGCUCUGGAGCUGGACUUCUUAUAGAGCCGGACGAGCUGGACACCAGAGCGGGCCUUCCUCCUCCUCCUCCUCCUCACACACACACAGCACCUGUUUCUGAUGCCUUCUGAGCUGAACCGGGCUCAAACCUCAACCCUGGAGAAGAGAAGUGACGACUUGAAGCCGACGAGAAGCCUUCAGAACCCUUGAGAACCCUUUAGAACUUUUCAGAUCCCUUUAGAACCUUUAAGGCAGCUAAACACCCACAUACAGUCGACCGCAGGAGCACGGAUCGCUCAUGGGUUCUCAUGGUGUGGGACGUGACCUGGAGAUUUUUUUGUCUUGCACUCAUUCCGGACCUCGUAGCGGAACCGACUCUUCCAGGACUUGGACUUGAGUCGAGGUUUUUUUUCCGUUCUUGUUUUUUGGUACCAGUUUACUCGGCGUCUCUCGUCUCCCGUCGCCCCUCGGUAUCGGUCCCGCCCGAGCGUACUUGAUCAAUGUAAAUAUUUCUUUCAGCCGGUCACGUGCGGCUCCGAGUGUCCUUCCGGGGGGAGCCACGCUCCUGGAGCCACGCCGAAGGACGCCGCCGAGGGUGAGGCGCAGAUGGAGACGGGCGCGGCUCACUUGGGUCUCGGACGUACGCCACCCGAGCAAAAAUGUGUGGACACGCUUUGCUUUGUAAUCACCACACCUUGCUGUUACAAGCUAAAUCAUGUGAUCUAUACAGACGGGCAUUGCCAGCCUACUGAACGUCUGGACGAAAGUAUUGGGACACCCGAUCGUGGGUUUAUUGAAUCGCUUUCUCUUUCAUUGUAGCUUUAAUAUCGGGCGUCUCCAGGAAAGCCUCGUUAGACUUAGACUGUGAUGUGCGUCUGUGGGAAUUUGUGCCCUGUGGGGGGGGCGAGAGCUGACCGUGAAAAAGGGACUUCCCUAAACUGUCGGCGCAAUCCUUUAAAUUAAAUUGAAAUCAUAUGCUUUUAGGAUUGCUCCAACAGCUUAAGGAAGGUCCCCCUUUCUCUAUCAGCUCUUUCCAGUCGCCCCCACAAAGUCCUCUGACACCUUUGGGAUGAGCCAGGUCACAAAUGGGCACAAAUUCCCACAGACACGCUCCAAAUCUCGUAUAUGCUUCUCAUUUAAUAAUCAUUUUUUUACGUGUGUUAACAACAGACAGGAACAGUGAAGCAAAAUCAAUCAUUAGGAGGGGUGUCCACAUACAUUUGGCCACGAUCCCGUCUGUGCGAUACGUUUGAUGUCGCCUUUGAAGUCGUGAGGUUGAAUGAAAGUGAAUGUGGACGCUCCGUCUGUCUAAAUCUCUUUGAUGUAUUUAUAUUGUGCCUUUUAUCUUCAGCUUUACAUCGUGUGUCACGUUUAAGAGAUUCGCCGUGUUACAGAAGUGUGUGUGUGUGUGUGUGUGUGUGCGUGAGGGUUCGAGUGCGCCGUGUUUUUUUUCAGUACCUGCGUUUGGAAACGUCCGUGUCUCGUCUGUGAUUCAGUACGCUGAACCCGUGCUCAGUCUAGACGUCCCUCGUUUCGUUUUGGUCAAACUGGAGGCGUCUUUCGGUACGGAUUUGCGCCAGACGGGUCAGACUGGGAGGUUCUGGGUGCACGUUGUUUCAGACCAAAGUGCUGGAUUAUUUUUUAUUGUUAUUAUUAGUUAGUUUCUGAAGGAGCGUAGCAGCAAAGCUUAGCUGUGUACGGUGCAGGUUUCAGGUGGCUACGGUUUGCGUGGUCAGGGUGUGGCUCUCCGUGCACAAGGCUGAUCCGCGUAUGAACUCGCCUAGUGCAGGUGAAAAGAUGCGGUCGGCUACUGCACACGUGUCGGAGGGGGCGUGUCAGUUGCGAAGCUCCUCAGUCAGCAGUGGGGGGUCGUAUCGUAAGUAAAGGGGAAGCGUAACGCAAUCGGGGGAAUUGGAUACGACUAAAUUGGGAGGAGAACCUUUUGUUCACAGCAAAAAUACGUCUAAUUAAAACAAAACAAAAAAUUUAAUUGAGGGUCCUGGGUGAAGAUUUUGAGUCUAAAAUGUGUUGAUGUGGCGCUCGGGUGGAGAUCAGAGAGCCACACGGACACAAUCGGCUGUGUUUGAGGGAGGGGAGGUCGGACGUGGGCUCGACACACUGGCUCUGUGAUUUAAGAUCUCCGGUGUGAGUAUAUUGGGGGGGGCGGGCACAUGGAGCUUAGCGUGGCUCUCUUGUAUGUGAUACGGCUCUGUGUAUGAACCCAAAACUGGCAGGUGAUGAGAAGUGGUUCAUGGGGGGGCACGUGGUGAUUCUGCAAGCAGUAGCAGAUUCACAAUUAGGAAUCGGGAGUUGGAAAUGACUAAAUUAGGAGACAAAGGGAGGAAAGAUCUUUUUUUUUUUUUGCUAUAAAUACGAACAUCCAGGGACAUGGGUCCGAUCCUCACUUUAAGUCUCGGGCCUUCUAGAUCAGGUCAGCAGGAGCGCUGAUGAGGUUCAGAUUUGCGUCUGGCGCAUUUCCACACAUCUAAGGCGCCUGAAUCGACCAAACUGAACCCGAGGGGCUGAAACGACGGCCGGUGUGUGUUCGUUUGUGCCGAGGAGCCUUCAACCAACCAACAGAGCAACAAAUCCUUCGACUUUUCUGUGUGUCGUGUGAAACGAUUCUGUAGAAUCACGGGAUUCGACCACGUCAGCCUGGAACGGGUUUAGAUCUCACACUCCGCUGCUUCGUGUUUUGUUCUGUUUCGUUCUUUGUUUUGUUUUGUUUUUUGUUCUCUGUAUGGGACCGGAUCGCUGUCGGGCCCGGACGAGUUUUCCUGUGGUGUACUUACUAUAUAAGACCUUUGUGGCAGCGUAAAUAAUAAAAAAAAAAUGAAAACUU